UGGCUUCCUAGACAUUUUAUCACAAUUUGGAAAGCUGGUUUCUUAAAACCACUUGACUGAUUUCCCCCACUUUAGUUGACUUUGUCGUUCUACCUUGAGGAAGAUAUCAAUCAUUUUCAACGAAAAGGAAAAAUGGCAUCUUUGUUAAUCACUUUGCUGUUCAUUGCCGUGGUUUCUGGUAGUGCCUUUUACGUGGACGAGCCUGUAAAAAAGUCCAAAACAAACUGUGUAGACACAAUCCCAAAGAAGGACUGCGAAGUCUUAAGACACUACCAAUUGUGUUAUACAGACCCAGCAAGAAAGGGUUGCGGAAAGACCUGUGUCGACACUUGUGGAGAGGGCUGCAAAGAUCAUUUUGGUGAAUUUAUGUGCAGCACUUCUGAAAUUAAACAAGAAUUAUGCCCUAAAAACAGAGCUUAUAACAUAGAGGGUGCAUUUAUGGCAUGCCCCAAGUCUUGCGGACUAUGUACUCCUUGAUUGACAAAAGAUGCAUUCUGCAAGAAUUAAAACAAUUUGAGUAGUUWUAAUGGUAGUUAGAAGUGAUAAAGCAAGAAAUAAAAGAGAUUUAAACCUCUCA